UGCACCUCCCGGGGUCCUUUGCCGCAACGCUAUGCUGGUGAGGGCUGAUGGAAAUCGAAGCCCAAACCGUCUGGAUGGUCAUCAGUUGCAGGAUGGCACUGAACAUGGUCCAGGAUGUCAAGAUAUCUCUACCAUUCACUCCAGAACCUCCUCUUACUCCUUUGUUGACUCUCACUUGGGAUUUCCAAAACCUUAGCACAUUAGCAGGGGAUACACCAAGACGUUGCUUAGAUCUGUCCAAUCUCAGCAGUGGAGAAGAGGAAAUUGCUUUUACCUUCAGUCAGUCCUCAGGAGCACUGGAAACUGAUAAGAAUGGCUUAACAGAAUUCCAGGAUCAGUUAGACUCAAGGAGGCAGUGUGUGCAAUUGCUCCAGCCUGAGGUAUUAUGCAGCACACCAGGCACUCCAGGCUACCUCCAGCAAGUUAGGAGGGAAAUUAGCAGUCCUUCAGUGAACAAGGGAAAUGAAGACAGAUUGUUUAAGCAUAAUCAGUGGCAAAUGUCUAGAUCCCUGCUGUUCCAGAAGAGACUACCAGACUCUCACCUAACUUAUUAUACUGCAGUGCUAAAAGCAGAAGAUUUAAUGGAGUGUGAGAUGAAAGAUCUUGGCAGCCCAAUUGAUACUUCAGGAAUCCCAGAGGCCUUGGAUAGCAUUUCUGAGCUCUGUUCCAGUGAAAAGAAAGAAACAGAGAAGCCUCUUUCCGGGCACCACUCUAGCAUGGCUGCCUUGUUGUCUGGACCACUCCGUACUCAGGACGUCAAUGUCAGUGAGGUCUCCAUGAACAAGGCCCGCCUCUUCCGAUCUCCAUCUCUGCCAGCAAAACUAAACAGGCCCGCAUCAAAGAGGGUGGUAAAAGGCCAUGAUGACGAAACUCCAACUAAGGUGAAACAGAAGUGCAGCCCGAUCCAGGAAGGGCCAGAUGGGAUUAUGGUUUUGAAGAAAACAGCCUCCCUUUCUGACAUUGAGAUUGUCAGAGCCCUUGAUCAAGACCAUGGCUUCAGGCAGUUAAUUGGCGAUUUCUCCAGUGUGUAUUCACUGCCAACAGUCACAGGAAGGCAUUCGGAUCUGAGAUACAUCACUACAGAUACUAUGGUAGCACUGCUCCACAAUCAAUUUCAAAGCCUUAUAGAGAAGUUCUAUAUUGUUGACUGUCGUUAUCCCUAUGAAUAUCAUGGGGGCCACAUCAAGGGGGCUUUGAAUAUUCACAGGCAAGAUGACUUAUCUGAACUUUUCCUGAGGAAGCCCCUGCUUCAAUCUUCGCCACAGAAGCGCCUCAUCCUUGUAUUCCAUUGUGAAUAUUCUUCUGAAAGGGGUCCCAAGAUGUGUCGCUACCUGAGAGAGGAAGACCGAGCCAUGAAUGAAUAUCCUGCCCUGCACUAUCCUGAACUUUAUGUUCUUCAAGGUGGCUACAAGGAGUUCUUUCUAGAAAACAAGGAACUGUGUGAACCACAGAGUUACUGUCCCAUGGAUCACCAGGAUUUCAAGGCAGAGAUGGUCAAGUUCCAUGUCAAAAACAAGACCUGGGCAGGGGAACGGAGGCGCAGGGAUCAGAUGGCUCGUCUCAUGAAGCUAUGAGUUCAGAGUCAGCAGCCAAGAGAGGACUUUCUCCAAGAGACCCUAAUCCUCGGCCAAGACUAAAGCUGAAGCUUCUGUAAUAUGCUGAAAGGCUAGGAAAGUGAGCUUGCCAGGACCAAGCAGCCCUUGCAGUGGUUACAAUGAGGAGAGCUCUGAAAUGUUGAGGUUAGUUUGAAAGUGCUGUGGCCAAGUGCAGAGUUUCCUAAUGGAAGAGACUCAGUAGAAUUGGCAAUGGCCCCUGUGCAAAACAAGAUUUGCCUCAGAGGGUUGCCAAAUGCCUAGAAUGUCUCCUAAGACAGCAGGCUAAGCUGUUCUGUAAUCCAGACUUUAAGCUAGUUGUCAGCAGGAGACUUUAUUCCUUUUUAAUGUUACUUUAAGUUUUGGCCUUUGAGUACCUUAUUUUAAUAGAA